AUGGAGCUGAGACCUGACACCAGCCACAAUGAGAAUUUGCCCCUCAGGCCUGCAAGCCCCCUGAGGCCAGGCAAGGGGCUCAAGCCACGUGGACUCCUGAAGAGCCUGAGUGUCAGCCUGGGCAGUGGACAUGGCAGGUGCCAGGCCAAGAGAGGAGGGCCUGUCGCCACACCCUCCCCAGGGGCAGUGCUUUGCCAGGACCCCUGCCGAGUCCAGACCAACCUGGCCAGCCCCGGCCCCGGCCUGGGCCUUGCUCUGAAGGACACGACUGGCCGGCUGAUCAACUCAAGCUUCCGGCAGCAGAGCAACCUGCAGCCCCUGGCUGGGAGGCCCCACAGGAAAGCCCCAGAGUUUGCCGGCCAGCAGAGUAACCUGAGCAUAAGGGAGACCAGCUUGGCCAAGUGUGGAAGUCAUGCCAGCCCCCAUCUCUGGUCGGAGCCUCAGGAAAGCUUCCGGCCCCACAUGAUGGCCCAGGGAAGCCCCCUACCCCGAGGACCACUGGCUCACCCACCCUCCAGCCUGAGGCAGUCCUGGUGGCUGGCCUCAGACACCCCCUGCCAGGGCUUCAGGCCAGCUGCAGGCUGUGUCCUUCUCAGUGGUUGCACAUGGCCAGGCCCCAGAUCCUGGUGUGGCCUGGGGAGCUGGACCUCCAGGCUCACGGGGGAACCCCUCACCCUGAAGGACCUGGCUGUCCCUGUGCAGAGCCAGGCUCAGGCCCCAUCCCAGGCUGCUGUCUGCCAGCUGUUGGCCUCCGUGCGGCGCCUGGAGCACAAGGCAGCCCGUCUCGGGUGCCGGGCAUCCCAGGAACCCUCGGGCCCUUGCCGUGGCCGGGCACUCGCUGCUUGCCCCCAGCCCGGCCUGCCUGUUCUUGCUUCCCGGGAUAAGAGGAAGAAAUACCCUCGAGGUCUCAGGGAAACCGAGGAUUCCCCAGAGACCCCAGGGGCCCAGGCUGAUCUCUCAGACUCUCAGGCAAGCAGUAAGCCUGCAUCGCUAGAGCCCACGUUGGGGAUGCUGACUGGGGACGUCCUGGAUCCUGAGCAGGGCGUCCUCCCUGCCCACCCCCUAGGACGGGGAGGGAACUGCUCCCCAGAGACUGCAUUCAGCAGCGGGUGGAGGGGGGAGCCCCUGCUUCCUCGAGGGGCUGGCAGCAGAGGGGCCAGACUCUGCUCUUCAGCCUUCUCCCACGCAGCCUGGGGCGUCCUCCCUGGGCGGGAAGGAGGGGAGGGGGCCCCGAGGGAGCAGGUCAGCAGGAAGGAGGAGAGGACGGCUUCCAGUCCCCCAGACACGGCCCCGGCGAGGGGUGCCCGGCAGAUUUCCAAGAACAAAGCCAGAAACAUUGUGAGCCUGGAGCCUGAGAAAGCUGGCUGGCAGCUGCUGUCCAGAUGUUUCAGAGCCUGGAGGGGCGUGGUGCGGAGGCGGCAGGCAGUGGCAGCGGCGCUGGCGCUGGGCCGCCAGCAGCUGUUGCGUAGGGGCCUGCGAGCGCUGCGGUCGGCACUGUGGCUCCGGGAGGCCCAGCUGGAGGUGGCGUGGGGACGACGCACACAGGCCCUGCUGGCCCGGAGCUUCCAAAAGUGGAGAAACCUGACUCAGCAGGAGAAACGGGGGCAGCCCCACGUCCAGGCUGGGCCAGGACCCCCACCCUCUGAGGGAGGCCAGGGCCGAGGUCCCUCGGGAAGGAAGCCAGCCGUGGACCCCGCCCCGAGAAGCAGACCAGACGGAGGAGACGGGGGCAUCCAGAUCCUGCAGGCUCUGCAACAACCGGCUGUCUCCCUCCUGUGGCGCCAUCAGAAGGAAUGGGCCAGGCGGGAGAAGGGGCUCCAGGGAGAGGCCUCCCAGGCCACACAGAGGACUCAGAGGAUGGGGAGGUGCUCUCCUGCUGCCCUGGGCACCCAGCCCCAGGGAGCCUGGCUCUGCAGGUGCUUUGGGGCCUGGCAGCGGUUGGUGAAAAGAGGGGCCCGGUACCGUGACCACAUGGCCAACCGCCGGGCAAGGACCCUGAGGACGUGCCUGCAGCAGUGGAUGCAGAUGAAGUGGCUCCGGGCCUCAGAAAGGGCGAAGGUGACUCAGCUGUCCCUCUGCUGGCAGAAGGCAGGGAACAUGGCACUCUGCAGCUCAGCCCCUGGAGCGGCCACAGACCAUGGCCUGGGGGUGGUGGCCCAGGCCCCGGGGCUGCCCCAGGAGCUAGGCCGGGGCUCCCUGCAGGACGCCUGCCCGAGGCUGGCCCUGCACCCUGCACUGCUGCUCUGGAGGACGCGGCUCUUCCAGCGCCAGAGGGCUGACUCCUUCCUCCAGGGCAUGAGGCGGCGCAUGCUGCGGCGCAUCCUGAGGAGGUGGCGCUGGAGGGCCUGGGGUCCAGGUACCCCAUCAGGCAGCUCCAGGACUACUUGGGCCCCGGAACUGCUGGGGGGCAUCCCGGGAGGGGAGGCCUCGCUGGGCUGCAGCACGCCCCGCAGCUCACUGGAGAAGGCGUCCAGGGCCCCCGCCCCCCUGGAGAGCCUCCAGGUGAGCUUUCUGCUGGCAGCUGGGCGGCGGCAGCAGGGGCGGUGCCUUCUGUUCUGGCAUGCGCGGGCCCAGCAGUCCCGGGGCGCAGCGAGCUGGCACCAGAGCACCCUUCAGAGGCGCAUCCUCCUUGGCUGGAGCCACUGGGCAACAGCCCAAGGGGCCCAGAGAGAGCUGGCUGCCCGCUGGGCCUGGGGUCAGAGCUGCAGGGCCGUGCUGAGCCUGUGGCGGCGGCGGCUGGUGCAGCAGCAGGAUGCGGAGUGGUGGGCCCAGGAGCGGGGCCGGAGACGGGUGCGAGAUACCCUGCACCACUGGCACUCCUGCUGGCAGAGGCAGCAGUUCCUGCAUGAAAAGUACCAGAGGUGGGUGCAGGUCCACCUCCAGGGCCUGCGGAGGGCCACGUUCUGGCGCUGGCAGCAGGCGGCAGCUCGUCGGAGACGCAUGGUGGCCGGGCCAGAGCAGCACCUACUGCAGAGCCACUUCCAGGCCUGGUGUGGAGGUGUGAGAGACACGGGUGCGCUCCGGGCCAAGCAUCGAGCCUUCCAGGAUGGCCUGAGGAGAAGGGCACUGGGGGCGGCAUUUGUCACAUGGCAGGAGGCCCGAGUGGCCGCAGCCCGGGCACGGGAGCAGCACGUGGCCCGGGCCUCCAUCGUCCACUGGAGAAGCAGCGCGCAGCAAGGCCGGGCAGCCAGGCAGCUGAGGGGGGCCCAGGCCCAGCAGGCCUUCACAGCAUGGCGAGUGGCCCUGGGCCAGCGUCGUGAGGCCCGACAGCAGGCAGAAGAGCGAGCUCGGGCCCAGGCCCGGGCGGCCCUGUGUUGGACGCUGUGGGUGCGGGAGUCCCGCCUACACUGGGUCAGCCGAACCCACACUGCCAGGAAGCUGAGCGCCAGGUGGGGUCCUGGCCCUGAUGGCCUGGGUGUGGGUUCCUCCCUCUCCCCCAGGGUCCUAGAGGCCUGUGCACAGUCAGCGGCCGGGGGCCUUGUCCAGAGAGCCGCCAUCACCCAGUUCCAGCAGGCUGGGCCCAGGCACCUCCUGCAGACCCACUGGGCCCAGUGGCGGACAGCACUGCUCACAGUGCGGCUGGAACCUGGGGCCAAGGUCCAGGAGGCCAGCAUGGCUCGCCCCAGGCCCAGGGCCGACCUCAGGCACUGCCCCAGGCUGGCCAGCAGAGGGCGCCUCCUGGUGCUGAUGGAUGCCUCGGCCCCGCGGAAGCAGGGGCCCGGCGGCCUUGUGGACACCACCCCUACCCCGUUCUCGGACAGCUUCCUGGCUCUGGAGGACAGCCAACUCCGAGCCCGCAGCUGCAGGCCACAGGCCACAGGGCCCAUGCUGUCUGGCCCAACCCAGCACCACAACCUCAGUGGACAGAGGAAGUGGAGAGAAGCAGCCUGGGCUCAGAGUAAGGAGACCUGCCCCUGGGGCCGGACUUGUGAAGUGCCGGGCUGCAUGCGUGUGGAGUGGAGGCAGGGACCAGGGGCUUGGCUGAGCCACGGCGAGAGCUGGGCCCUCUCUGGACAGUGCUGGUUCCAGCAGGAUCCUGGAGGAGCAGGGCCACGCCCAUGGCUCUGCCCUUUUUCCUGGCCAUGCAGGAGUCAUGAUGCUCUUGGCCUUCAGGACACACACCAGGGCCUCUCCCCCCAGGAGGAAAUACCUGCAACGCUGGCACCUUGAGGCACUGCUUCGCCGGCUCCAGGGUACCCAGCAGGCCAGGCACCUGGCAGUGAGGUGGCAGCGUUGGGUAGAUGCUCAGGGGGCAAAGCGGCUGGCUCGGACACUGCUCAGGCAGUGGCAUCUGAGAUGGGCCUGGCGAACGUGGCGGAGGCAGGUCCUGCGGCUGCGGGUGGCUCAGCGAUUACAGCAACAAGACGACAGCUGGGUCCUUUCCCAGGAUUCCAGGCCUUUGAGAAGUGGCACCAGUGCUUGGUAGCCAGGGGCCCAAGGAGAGGAGACAGCAGCAGCCUGAGACCCCUGAGCAAGCUGGCCAUCAGGAGCCCUGGGAGCAGGCUGGAAGCUGCCAGGGCCCCCGUGUGUGCUAGACCUGGGGCAGAGCAGGGGCCCAGCUGCAGCUGUGACUGUUCCCGUGGAAAGAAAAACAGAAACUGAGCCCAGCCUUCCCAGGGAAGCAACCGUGCCCCACCCACCA